UCCGGAAGAACUGGCUCGGCGUCCGGCACUAGGCUGGUGUUCCAGACCCAGGGCCAGGCCUUGGCCCAGGCCGGUGUUCCAGAACCUCCCUAGAAGAUAGGCCGGUGGCCGCGGCGACACUGGUAACAGCGGAGGGCGCAGCGGGCCGCGCGCCGAGGUGUCCGCCUCACCGCGGAGCGAGCCACGGAGCUGCAGGACGUGGCGGCGCCUCCUCCUUGGCCCGGAGCGGAACUGCUUGUGGGGCGGCCGCGGAGGCCAGACGAGGUGAACCGGGUCAUUUAACUGCCUCGGGUGAUGAGUCAACAGCCUAAUAAGCUGAUUUGAGGCCCACAUCCCUUUGUGGUCGUGCAGCAGAACAGUUUUCAGUGGAUGACUGGUGUGGCUUGCGGGGUGCGGCGGUGACUGCUUGCCCUUGAUAAGAAAAGCGAGCUCUCUUGCUCUUCGGACAACCCUGUUUCCUGUGAAACUUUCAGGUUACAGCUUCUUUCUCUUGCGUGUAUCUCAAGAGGAAGGCUUUCACAUGAAAGUGUCUCUUGGCAACGGCGAUAUGGGCGUCUCUGCCCACCUGCAGGCUUGCAAGGCAGGAACCACACGAUUUUUUACCAGCAAUACUCACAGUUCGGUGGUAUUGCAAGGCUUUGAUCAGCUAAGAAUAGAGGGGUUGCUUUGCGAUGUGACCCUCGUACCGGGUGAUGGAGAUGAAAUCUUCCCUGUUCACCGAGCUAUGAUGGCGUCUGCCAGUGAUUAUUUCAAAGCUAUGUUCACAGGGGGAAUGAAAGAACAAGAUUUAAUGUGCAUUAAGCUUCAUGGGGUAAACAAAGUUGGUCUGAAGAAAAUAAUUGAUUUUAUAUAUACUGCAAAACUUUCUCUUAAUAUGGACAAUCUUCAGGACACACUAGAAGCUGCCAGCUUUUUACAAAUUUUGCCUGUUUUGGAUUUCUGCAAAGUAUUUCUUAUAUCAGGAGUCUCCUUGGAUAACUGUGUUGAGGUUGGACGAAUUGCUAACACCUAUAAUCUCAUAGAAGUAGAUAAAUAUGUUAAUAAUUUCAUCCUGAAGAACUUUCCUGCUCUGUUGAGUACUGGGGAAUUUCUAAAGCUUCCUUUUGAACGGCUUGCCUUUGUGCUUUCCAGUAAUAGUCUUAAGCACUGUACUGAGCUUGAACUCUUCAAGGCUGCCUGCCGUUGGCUGAGAUUGGAAGACCCUCGGAUGGAUUAUGCUGCAAAAUUAAUGAAGAAUAUUCGAUUUCCAUUGAUGACACCACAAGACCUCAUCAAUUACGUGCAGACAGUCGAUUUCAUGAGAACAGACAAUACCUGUGUGAAUUUGCUUUUGGAAGCUAGCAAUUACCAAAUGAUGCCUUACAUGCAGCCAGUGAUGCAGUCAGACAGAACUGCCAUUCGAUCUGAUUCUACUCACUUGGUUACAUUAGGAGGAGUUUUGAGGCAGCAGCUGGUUGUCAGCAAAGAAUUACGGAUGUAUGAUGAAAGAGCUCAAGAGUGGAGAGCCUUAGCCCCUAUGGAUGCUCCUCGUUACCAGCAUGGCAUUGCUGUCAUCGGGAACUUCCUUUAUGUCGUUGGUGGUCAGAGUAAUUAUGAUACAAAAGGAAAAACUGCUGUUGACACAGUUUUCAGAUUUGAUCCUCGGUAUAAUAAAUGGAUGCAGGUAGCAUCAUUAAAUGAAAAACGCACAUUCUUCCACUUGAGUGCCCUCAAAGGACAUUUAUACGCAGUUGGUGGGCGCAGUGCAGCUGGUGAACUGGCCACAGUAGAAUGUUACAACCCAAGAAUGAAUGAAUGGAGCUAUGUUGCAAAAAUGAGUGAACCCCACUAUGGCCAUGCUGGAACAGUGUAUGGAGGCUUAAUGUAUAUUUCAGGAGGAAUUACCCAUGACACUUUCCAAAAUGAGCUUAUGUGUUUUGAUCCGGAUACAGACAAGUGGACACAGAAAGCCCCGAUGACUACAGUCAGAGGUCUGCAUUGUAUGUGUACAGUUGGAGAUAAGCUCUAUGUCAUUGGUGGCAACCAUUUCAGAGGAACAAGUGAUUAUGAUGAUGUUCUAAGCUGUGAAUACUAUUCACCAACCCUUGACCAAUGGACACCAAUUGCUGCUAUGCUAAGAGGUCAGAGUGAUGUUGGAGUUGCUGUCUUUGAAAACAAAAUCUAUGUUGUUGGUGGAUAUUCAUGGAAUAACCGUUGUAUGGUAGAAAUUGUCCAGAAGUAUGACCCAGAAAAAGAUGAAUGGCACAAAGUUUUUGAUCUUCCGGAGUCACUUGGUGGCAUUCGAGCUUGCACUCUCACUGUUUUUCCACCUGAAGAAAACCCUGGAUCACCUUCUAGAGAGUCGCCUCUUUCAGCACCUUCAGAUCAUUCUUAGCACUCAAGCUACUUUGGGGUUUGCUUUCUAGGAAAGUUGAGAAAAAUCUGAUGUAAUGAAAAUCGUAGAGAAAACUGAUACUAUCCCUCUGCCUUCCUUUUUCACUCUAUUUGUAUUACUUCACCAUAAAUUACAGUUUAAGGUAAGCAUGGAAGAACAAACUUUGGCCAAUAAACAGCAUUCCAAAAGGUCAAAAAUUAAAGUAAAAAAGUAUAAACAUAAUAGCCUGAACCUGCCCUGCAUUGAUAGUGUUAGAAAGAGAAGAACAAAAACCCUGAUAGAAUCAGAUUAACUGGAUAAAUGUCUGUAGGUCAUUAGUUCCUGUAUCAUCAGCUGCUCACUGAGCACACGAUCACCACCGAGGUCUGUGUAUCCACCUCAGAAACUAAGUAUAAUAAGUAUACAGUGUUUAAGUGUUGGUCAAUAAAAAUGAUAACCAAAACAAAAAGUAUUUGUCGAGUAAAGAUAAAAUUAUGACAAACUGAUAAAUUCCAACAUCUAAGACAAAAUUAAACUUACAGUUAGUAUCCAAGCACUAUAGGUGACUUGAUAGCUGAGGCCACAACCCAUGAUAAAAAGGUCACUGUUGACAACAGUGGUCCUUCAUACAGUCUCCUUAGAGCCAAAAGAAAAAAUGUUUGAAGAUUUAUUAUUUUGGCAACCAAGUAAACAUCACCUCUAGUAAGAGUUCUGAAGCCUUAAGAAUAUACUGAGCUUGCCUUUGGUGAGUGGGAAUGUGGGCUGGGGACAUUCUGUCACCUGAGAGCAGAGUGUUGAGAGAUGCAGUAACCACUCGUGGUGAGCUGAUGCUGGAGAAAUAACAUUUGUUGGAAUUAGAAUCCCCCUACACAUACACAUCUGAAAACAGCCAGGACAGGCUGUGGAAUCAUUCCAGCUAAUAGGCCAUUGUAAGCCUCAGUGAGAACAAGGUGGACUGAAAGGAGGGUGCCUGCAGUGAUCUUAACCCC